AUGGAGGAAGAGAAGAUCCUGGAGUCCGAUCUGAGGCAUAUAUCGUUCGUCAUGCCAAAAUACACGCCCAUCGAGAAGAUCGGCGAGGGGUCGUUCAGCGUUGUGUACAAGGCUCUGGAUGCAGAGUCCGGAAGGUAUGUUGCCCUGAAGGCAAUAACAAGGACCAGCUCGCCUGCAAGGGUUCUGGACGAGAUGAUGUUUCUGAAGACUCUUGGCGGAAGGAAGAACUGCAUGGGGCUUCUCGGAUGCUUCCGGAACGAGGACCAGGUGGUUGCUGUUUUUCCAUACUUCGAGCCGAUCGACUUCAGGGAGUUCAUCUCGAAUGCAAAUCUGGCGGACAUCAAGCGGUACCUGCACAACCUUCUGAUUGCAAUAGAGCACGUGCACAGCAACGGAAUAAUGCACAGAGACCUGAAGCCGGGAAACUUCCUGUACAACAAGGAGUCCGGAAGGGGAAUGCUCAUAGACUUUGGGCUGGCACAGUACGAGGAGUACAGCGAGGGGCAGCAUGCAGAGGGUGGUGCAAAGCCUGCGGGGCCUCUGCUUUUCUUCAACUCUGUUGUGUCGAAGACCAAGCCUCCGGGAUACUACGAAAGAGACGGCAGGCCGCCGAUGAAGGCGCCAAGGGCAGGGACCCGGGGGUUCAGGGCACCCGAGGUUCUGUUCCGGUGCCAGCGCCAGACAGGAGCCAUAGACAUGUGGUCUGUCGGCGUGAUUUUCCUGACGAUCCUGACCACACAGUACCCCUUCUUCUACUCCUCGGACGACAUCGACUCGAUCGUCGAAAUUGCAACGAUCUUCGGGCAUGCAGAGAUGCGAAAGGCCGCAAAGUUCUACGGAAGGGUGUGGAGAUCAAACAUAGACUCAAUUCCAGAGGAAAGAAUCCCGUUCGAGACGAUUGUCGAGUCGCUGAACCCGUGGGCGGAGAUCGGCAGCGACGGAUACGACCUGCUCUACAGGAUGCUCGAUCUCUGCUCCUCGUCCAGGAUCACUGCAUCCGACGCCCUGAGCCACCCGUUCUUCGACGACCUGAAGACACACGAAAACUGCGCCUAG